AUGUCUCCCAAAAAUCCCUCCAAAUUCGAGAACUUGCCUCGCGCAGCCUUCGGACCGCUGAUAUGUCCACACGAUGGCGAAACAAUCCUCAAAGACUCCCGGUUUAACAAAGGGUCCGCUUUCACCGAGCAAGAGCGCAAGACUUUUAAUUUGCAUGGGAUGCUUCCGCCAAACAUCCAGACACUUGAAGAGCAGGUCCAACGUGCCUAUGAUCAAUAUAGUAGCCGGGAUGAGCCUCUCGCGAAGAAUACCUUUAUGGCGAGUAUGAAGGCGCAAAAUGAAGUAUUGUAUUUCAAGCUGUUGCAAUCUCACCUCAAAGAGAUGUUUAGCAUUAUCUACACCCCCACCGAAGGUGAUGCAAUCCAGAAUUAUUCUCGUCUGUUCAGGAAGCCGGAAGGGUGCUUCUUGGAUAUCAGAGACCAAGAUAAUAUUGAUGACUACUUGUCGAACUUUGGCAAGGUGGAGGAAGUCGAUUACAUCGUUGUGAGCGACGGCGAGGAGAUCUUAGGAAUUGGAGAUCAAGGCGUGGGCGCCAUUCUUAUUUCGGUUGCUAAGCUAGUUAUUACUACGCUUUGUGCUGGGAUUCAUCCUUCUCGUCAACUUCCUGUUGUGUUGGAUUGUGGGACUGAUAAUGAGCAUCUGCUCCAUGACGACCUAUAUCUUGGCCUUCGACAGCACCGAGUAAGAGGCCAGGAAUACGAUGACUUUGUGGAAAAAUUCGUCAUUGCUGCCCGAAAGCAAUUCCCUAAGGCGUAUAUUCAUUUUGAGGACUUUGGUCUACGGAAUGCGAGGAGGAUACUUGACAAAUACCAAUCACAAAUUCCAUGUUUCAACGACGAUAUCCAAGGAACGGGCUGUGUGACACUAGCCGGUAUGAUGGCGGCACUGCACGUCAGCAACAUCAAGAUGGAAGAUGUGCGUGUGGUCAUUUUCGGUUCAGGGACUGCCGGUACAGGAAUUGCAGAUCAGAUAGCCGAGACUAUUGCAACUGAGGCGCACAAGUCCAAGUCGGAGGCAUCCAAACAGAUAUGGUGUAUCGACAAACCCGGUCUGCUCGUCAAGUCCCUCGGGGACAAAUUGACACUAGCCCAACAAUCAUUCGCUCGAGAAGACGAGGAGUGGCCCGCCGAAGAAGGUCAUGACCUGUUUUCUGUGAUCAAGAAAGUCCAUCCCCAUGUUCUGAUCGGAACAUCCACGAAACCCAAGACCUUCACGGAAGAUAUUGUCCGGGAGAUGGCUAAGCAUGUUGAACGACCAAUCAUCUUCCCCCUCAGUAAUCCGACACGUCUUCACGAGGCCGAGCCCAAGGAUCUUUACAAAUGGACUGAAGGCCGUGCUCUGGUUGCAACAGGAAGUCCAUUCCCUCCUGUUGAAUAUAAAGGCGUGAAAUAUGAGAUUGGUGAGUUCCUACCCAAAAGUGAAGCAUCCAAUGAAUACGAAUUGACAAUCUCAUCCAUGGUAUCAGCGGAAUGUAACAACUCAACCUGUUUCCCAGGUAUCGGUCUUGGAGCCGUCCUAUCUCGGAGCAAACUCGUCUCAAAGAAGAUGCUAGUAGCAGCAGUGAAAGCUCUCGGGGCACGAUCCCCUGCCUUGAAAGAUGCCAAUGAGCCUUUACUCCCUGGCGUGGAGGAUGUACGAGAAAUCAGCGUUGAUAUCGCUGCUGCUGUGAUUAAGUGCUCUGUGGAAGAGGGUCUCGCCCAGGAAGACGAUAUUCCUACGAAUAAUUCGGACCUGAGGGAAUGGAUUCAGGUACAGAUGUGGGAGGCUGUUUAUCGGCCGUUGGUUAUGGCUACGAAUAGAGAUGGGAAUUAA